GAAAGAGGGGGGGGGAGAGGAGAAGAAGAAGAAAAAAACCCCAGAACUUCGCCCAGCAACUUUUUUCCCCACUUAGUGGAUGAAGGGAGCGCGGGAGCCGAGAGGAGCGGCUGCGGAGAGCGUCUCCCUUCCGGGCGCUCGCCUCUUCAUGCGGCCGACCAGUUUCCCUCCUGCUGCCGUCGCUGGCGGCCGUCCGGCGGCCAGACUCUGGAUCUAGGCGGGCCGAUCGCUCCGAUCUCCUGGCCAGGACCCCGAGGAGGAGGAGGAGGAGGAGAAGCGGCGGCAAGCCGCAGGCCAGCCGGAGGAGCGUCUGCUCGUCGCCAGGAUGUUCCAGCCCACCCCGAAACGCUGCUUCACCAUCGAAUCUCUGGUGGCCAAAGACAGCCCGGCUUUGCCCGCCUCCCGCGCCGAGGAUCCCAUCCGGCCGGCGGCGCUCAGCUAUGCCAACUCCAGCCCCAUGAAUCCUUUUCUCAACGGCUUCCACUCGGGCGGCCGGGGAGUCUACUCCAACCCGGACUUGGUCUUCGCCGAGGCUGUCUCGCACCCGCCGAAUCCCGCCGCCGUCCCGGUCCACCCCGUGCCCCCGCCCCACGCCUUGGCCGCCCACCCGCUGCCUUCCUCUCCCUCGCCUCACCCGCUCUUCGCCUCGCAGCAAAGGGACCCGUCCACCUUCUACCCCUGGCUCAUACACAGAUAUCGGUACCUGGGCCACCGGUUCCAAGGUAAUGAAACCAGCCCGGAGAGUUUCCUCUUGCACAACGCCCUGGCUCGGAAACCGAAACGGAUCCGCACCGCUUUUUCUCCAUCCCAGUUACUGAGGUUGGAACACGCUUUUGAAAAAAACCACUACGUGGUCGGGGCAGAAAGAAAGCAACUGGCCCACAGCCUCAGCCUCACGGAAACUCAGAUGAUUAUUUUCCACUUAAAAGAAGAGCUAGAAUGGAAUGAAGGCCUCUCACUGGUGGAUUCUGAAGACAGCAACGCAGAAAAAGCUCCUAUCACAAAAUGUUUGUAAACAUUUUUAUCGAGCAGGUUGAAAGAGGGAGCCGGAUCUCAAAGACAGUCCUGAAGCCUAGUUUCUGUUCAGUGAUAAUACAAAGCAGCAGGAAUCUUGUAUUUCUAGUUCCCUUCAGUAUAUUUCAGCUAUUUUUUUUUAGAAGUAUUAUAAACAUCAGGGGCAGAAAAGAUGCAGAAAUCCUUAAGGGAGUCUCAAACUACUUAUGUGUAUAAGUGUUCUGGUGCCAGUCUUUUAUUUAUGUAACCCAUGUGUAUUCAUUCCAUUCUAUCCACUUGAUAUACUGAAUUAUGUUGUUGGUAAAACUGCAUGUCACUUUCAGCAUCCUGUUGAGUUCUGUUCUUAUGAAUGUCGGAUUCUGCUUCACACGGGAUCCCUUUUUUCCUACCAUUUCGAAGUGCAUCUUUGAUUGUAUCAAGAGCAGUCAAACAUGUAGACUGCAGUGAGCACUACUGAAUUUCAACCCUAAUCUGUCAAAAAAAAAAAAAACAACCCCCCCCAAAACCCCAAAUGUGAUUUUUUAUGCUUAGUUAUUUUUUUUGCGGGAGGGGGCAGGUUGGAGGGAAAUUUAUAGAAAAAUUGGAUGAGGAAACCAAGACAAUCACCCAUCAAAGAACAAUGCUCAGAACAGCCUGGAAAAAGAGAAACAAGUGGAUUUGGAUUGGCCAGAAUUUUGGUUUUGUUAACAGUAUAUUUUGUUUCGACCUUGAAACAAAAUUUUCAGAACAUUAGAUUUUGUUUGGAGCACAGAACAUUUGGAGGUUUGUUUCAAGCGUAGGACCUUUUGUGCACCGUUGUGUAAAAGAUUUUACAAUUAUCUGCUUUUAAUGCUGUAAUAACCCUAUCCUAAUUUUCUCCUUUGAAAACUUAUACAUGACUAAAAGAGAGAGAAAAAAUGACCCUGUCUUAUGUCUUUUCCAUUAAGUGUAUUUGUUGGGUAUUAUAGUUCUUACAUAUUCCUGUCCCAAGAGUCAUUUGUCACUUAUGAAGGAAGUGAUUCUCAGCAGGUUUCUUUGAAUUAAAGACAAAAUGUACGAGCAAA